UUCCAUGCACCACAAACUGAGAGGAUGAAGCAUGAGAUCAUGAAACAGUUGACUGGCAAGAAUGAAGAUAGAGUUGUUCGUGUCGUGUUUGCUACAAUCGCCAUUGGAAUUGGGGUGAACAUUCAUGACAUAAUGUACCAAGGACCAUCGAAGUCUACUACCAAGAAAUUGGCAGAGCUGGACGAGAUGGCAAGCCUGCAGAUGCCACAUUAUAUUUUAAUGGUCAUGGCAUUGCAACAAACAAACCCGGCAUGA